UAACGCCUUUCCAUGUAGAAAGAGCAACAGGAGUUUAGCGAAGCGGUCGGACCACAGACUUCUACACCCUGUUUGUGGCACAUUUAUGGUGUAGUUUUGUCAACUUUGGUUCAUCGGAGAGAACCGAUACAGACUCCAUAAACUCGGGUUGAAUUUUUCAUACAACCACCCGGUUUGUUCGAGGCCGUAGUAUGGAUGAAAUACGGCCUAACAGUGGUGCGCAAGCUCACGGGCUGGUGCCACUGUUUCCUCCCGGACUGCAGGCUAUUUAUGGGGAAUGUCGGCGACUUUACCCCGAUCAGGCCAACCCGCUGCAAGUUACUGCCAUUGUUAAAUAUUGGCUUGGCGGACCGGACCCGUUAGACUACAUCAGCAUGUACCGGAACAUGGGCUGCCCGGCCCAGGACGUCCAGGAGCACUGGCACUAUGUCAGCUUUGGCCUCAGCGACCUGUACGGAGACAAUCGGGUUCACGAGUUUACCGGGGCGGACGGACCCAGCGGAUUCGGAUUUGAGCUCACCUUCAGGCUCAAGAGAGAGGUGGGAGAGACGGCGCCUCCGACGUGGCCAGCGGAACUCAUGCAGGGCUUGGCUCGCUAUGUCUUCCAGUCAGAAAACACAUUCUGCAGCGGUGACCACGUGUCGUGGCACAGUCCGCUGGACAACAGCGAGUCUCGCAUUCAGCACAUGCUGCUCACCGAAGACCCACAGAUGCACCCGAUCCAGACGCCGUUUGGCACUGUGAGCUUUCUGCAGAUUGUGGGCGUGUGUGCGGAAGAGCUGCAGGCGUCCCAGCAGUGGAACGGACAGGGCAUCCUGGAGCUGAUGCGUGGAAUCAGAAUAGCUGGUGGUCCCUGGCUCAUCACAGACAUGAGGAGAGGGGAGACCAUUUUCGAAAUCGACCCACACCUACAACAGGACCGAGUGGACCAGGGCAUCGAAACCGAGGGCUCGAACCUGAGCGGGGUGAGCGCCAAGUGUGUCUGGGACGAUCUGAGCCGACCCCCAGACGACGAGGAGGACAGCCGAUCCAUCUGCAUCGGGUCGCAGCCUCGCAGGCUCUCAAACAAAGACACAGAGCAGAUCAGAGAGACGCUGAGGAAAGGGCUGGAGUUUAACAGCAAGACGGCCUUGCCACCCAUCAGCAGCCAGAAACAGAACCACGACAGAGCUCAAAGUCGAAAGGACAGUUUGGAGAGCGAAAGCUCAGCAGCCAUCGUUCCCCAUGAGUUGGUCCGAACUCGGCAGCUGGAGAGCGUCCAUCUGAAGUUCAACCAGGAGUCGGGCACGCUGCUGCCGCUCUGUCUGCGGGGCAGGUUACUCCACGGGAGACACUUCACCUACAAAAGCAUCAACGGAGACACGGCCAUCACGUUCGUGUCCACGGGGGUGGAAGGAGCUUUUGCCACUGAAGAGCAUCCGUACGCAGCCCAUGGCCCCUGGCUCCAGAUACUGCUGACCGAGGAGUUUGUUGAGCAGAUGCUGGGGGAUUUACACGAGCUCGGCUCUCGAGAUGAGACAAAACUACCCAAGGAAUACAGCUGGCCGGAGAAGAAGCUGAAGAUUUCCAUCCUGCCGGACUCCGUGUUUGACAACCCGUUGCAGUGAGACAGAGAAAAUACAUACGGAACAUUUUUUUAAAGGGCACCGCGGCGAACAGCAGCGCUCCAGGAGCCCGCCGAGAACCAAGCAGGAACAAGGGGCACACAUACGCCGUGAUCCGCGGGAGCCUGCUUCCCUCCAGAGGACUAUCCUGGGGAUCAACUCCACAUUUCUCACUGCUACUGUGUUCCCAGACCAGGUCCGCCGUUUACAACCCCUCUCUGAGGCUCCGAUACCCUUUUCAAAUCUCCAACCCGGCCUCAAACCAGCCCGUUCAGAUGUUUGCUCUGUGAGAACUUCGCCGAGAGGCAAACGGGUUGCUUGAAUUGCUCCAGGAAAAAAAAAAAAAAAAACUAAAACGUACAUCACCAACGCAGCAGAGCAUGCAUGUUUGAUCAUCAGAAGCAGCCGCUGGGGUUGUAGCUCAUAAAACACGUCUAUUUAUUCCAGUUGCCUUAGAAAAGGGACUAAAAAUUGCAAACCAGUUGAUCAGUGUUGUUUUCGGUCACAACUUUUUCUUUUUUCUUUCUUUUUUUUGUAUAGUAUUUACAAAUGCUGGACAUUUUUCUUUCCUUUUGUGUUUGUCUUCACGCCAAAGUUUUUGACUGUAAGUGUUGUGUGUGUGUGUUUGUGUCUCAGUUCCUUAAAGACUCCAUAGCUAGACCUUCGUUAGCCUCAAGCUAUGGUUACCUAUGCUGCUGGCGUAGCUGCCUUCACGUCCCUGUGCCAAGAACCUAACCACCCCCACCACCACUUUACUGGGGGACAUUUUAGCGUUUCUUCUCCUCUUGCAACCAGUAGAGUUUUUUUUUUGUUUUGUUUUUUUAAGUUGAGAUGCAUCGUUUUUUCUAGAAGUGUAGGAGAGAAGAUGCUCUUCAGUCACACGAUACAGGACCUCCUCAGUGCCUUUAGCUACCAGCUAUUGUCCGUUUGGCGUACAUCGCCCGGUCGUCUAUAAACGCGUCUGUUUCAGUGAGAGCCGCCGGUACAGCCGCCGACCACCGUACUGCAUUCCCCGUCAACACUAACGCGUAAAACCAGCAUAUCUUGGCGCGGCCUUACUGAUAACGACUCACGAUGGCGUAUUUAUGUUUGUCUUUUUUUUUCUUUUUUUUUAUCCAGAAUGAAAGAAAAUUUUAGAUGUUGAAUUUUUUUUUUUUUGUUGUUGUAUCAUUUUUUAUGUGUGAACUGGCUGGCUGUAAUCCUAAGUGCAUUAAAGAGUGUAGCUAUUACACAAAUAAAUCAGAAUCACUGAUAGCAA